AUGAGAACUGUGUGGUUGAUGGCCACCAUUUUGGAUGGCUUGCACUCCAAAGCAAUUUCCCCCCCACAAUAUGAUCUGUUUGUCCCAGGUAUGAGACAACGUCUUCUGGUCAUUAUCCUUGGAGCAAGUGUGCUCUGUGCCAUCAACAGCAGCCUCUUGAACUUCAAGGUGAUGAUUCAACGGAUCACCCAGAAAAACGCCCUCAUCUAUUUCAACGGAUACGGAUGCUACUGCGGAAAAGGCGGGCGAGGGAAGCCCAGGGACGAGACCGACAUGUGCUGCUACAACCACGAUUGCUGCUAUGAGGGCUUACACAACCAGAGCUGCCAUCCGUACAUUGAUCACUACAGAUACCUGAUGAUCAACAACGACGUGUUCUGCGAGUACAGAAACCGGUCGGUCUGUGCCAUGUUGGCGUGUGAAUGUGACCGCCAGGCAUCCCUGUGUUUCAGAAAGCGAGCGAAAACGUACAACAAAAAACUCCGCCGUUACCCAGCCGUCUUGUGCAAGGAACCCACCCCGAAAUGCUCACAUGACAGCAAGCCGCCGGACAGAUGGGCAAACAAGCCAACCACAAAACCGUUAAAUGCGCCGAGUGGGUCCAAAGAAGAAAAGAACCCUGGGAUCACGCUACAGCUGAAAAGACAUUUCGCCUGA